AAGAGCCUCAUAAACAUGGCUUGUGUCAGCAUGGAGGAACUGCAUGCUUCACUGCUGUAGUUUAUAUUGUGCAUCUGAAACCAGAAACCACAUCAAAGCUGACAUCAUUUCAUGAGCUCAUGAAGGAAGCCACUUGCAGCAACAACGGAUGAGCAGUACAUUGUGCUCUAAAGAUCAUCUGUGUCAAAGUACUGAUGCUUUUCUUCCUGUAUUUUCUGCAUUAAAGACUUACACUUUUUGAAAAGAUGGAGCAAAGCUUUGCUGAUCUACUAAGUGAUGCAUUUCCAGAUGGAGAUUUGGAGUUUGAGAAUUUACAUUUUGAGGAAGAGGACAAAACAGACAUCUCUGCUGAAAACAUGCAAACAAAGGAAGAUGACACUCUGCACCAGGAAACAACUUCUCAACCUGCAUUUUUGUUUAGCAUGGACGUUAAAGAUACAAACAUGGAAGAAAAUGAUGAGGAAGACCUGUCUGAUGAGGAGAAUUUUGAAGAGGAAGGGGUCAUAAGUGUGGAGAAAACCCUUGGGGAGGAUUACACAAGUUCAGAAGGAGAUUCUGAACAGGAAGGCUCCUUGUCUGGAGAUGAUGAAGAGGAUGAAGAUGAGGGGGAACCAGGGGAUUCAGUUUGCUGCGGUGACGAUAAGGAGGACAGGAUCACUGCUGAGGGACAACCUCUGGACCCUCAAGGUGACGAAACCCCUCAAGAUAGAAACAAAGAGCGAGGUGAAAAGGAGGUGUCCUAUUUUGAGCAAGUCCCUGAACAUGGCUGUGAGAUGGUGAUAAAAGGUGAUGAAGACGAUGGGAGGGAGACUGAGCAAGCAAAACAAGAGGAUUCUGAAUCUGAGUGUGAAGACAUGAAAAUCAGACAAGAGGAAGAAGUUCAGUUCAUCGAGCAGGAUGCUGAAAAUCCUUACCAAGAAGACAAUAAAAGAGAGAGUUUGGAGUUUCCACAAAUAUCUGUGCAGAAUCUGCAGGAUCUCCUGGCUGAAGUGGAGAGUGGGGAGUUUGUAGAGAAAGUGGAGGAUUUCUCAGGAGAGGAGCACCAAGAAGCAGGUGAGAGCUAUGCAGAAUAUCCCUCAGACUUUUCUUCGUGUGAAUACGUAGAGGAAACUCAUGAAAGGAAUCUCCAGUCACAUGAAAGAAGCUCAAAAACAAACCAAGACGUCUCCCUAGAAAGUGCUCAGAUAGAUGAUGCAUACAUAGGAAGAGGAGAGGACACUGAUGAAGAGGGAGAUGAGUAUCUGUUCAGCAGAAAUUUAGAGUUGGAUGACAAUGAGUUUAGGAAGCUGGAUACAGAAAAAGAAGGAGGGAAAUUUGAGAUCCUUGAAGGUGAUAGAGGGAGUGAAGAUGAGUCAGAUGACAGUGAUUCCUGCAGCUCCAGUGACGAUGACAAUGAGGAAAGAAGAAGUGAUGAGGAACGGUAUGCAACACAAGAAAGCAACAAAGAAUAUGAAGAGCUACAGAUUCACACAGAGUUUACCACAAGGAGCACAUCAGAUGACGACCACAGUGCAGAUCGCAUCAUAAACUGGAAUCUAGACGUGUUAACAACUCCUAGUCUUCAGUUUGAAGAUCUGUUAACCACAGAGGACACAGACAGAGUGAAAACACUGCUCUCUGAUUUGACUCACCCUGCAGAUGACAUAAAUACCUACUCUGCUGUACAGAGAGAAGAUGCAAAAACAAGCACUUCCUCUAGCUAUGGAUCCUUGGACGACAGCUUCUUCUUCAACACUGAACCUCAUGUAUCUGGUGUCACUGAGCUCUCACAGCAAGGAGACGACGUCUAUGAAGAGGACAGGAGCUGGGAACAAGAACAGGAGAGAAUCAAGGCUUUCUAUAAAUAUUAUGACGACAGCGACAAAGAGGAAGAAAGAGAAGGGAGGCAGACUAAAGUCCAGUUCUGCAUGGAUCCACUGUCUCGAGUCAUUCAUUAUGACACUGACAGUGACAGAGAGUCACUAAGCAGCUCCACAGAUGAGGAAGAGGACCUGAGCUCUGCAGAAACAUCUGAGGUUUGCAUGCAGACACAUGGACUACAGGAGCCUGAAGAGGACAUUAAGGACAUAAAGCCUGCUUUUGAGCCCCCCUACACUGAUAUACCAGAGGAUGUGCCAGAUCUCAGCAUAACACCAGUUUGUUCCCAGAAACACAGAUGUCUCGGUAUCUUAAAGCUGACUCUGAGGAUGGCUGUGGUGAUUCUGAUGGGACUGGCUGUGUUCUGGUUGGUCACAGAUCAAGAAGAAAUGUUCAGCCUGUUGUCUUUCUUUUAGGGAGAAAGGGAGUCAUUACAUAUGCUUCAUGCAGUCAAAUGAUAUAAAAAUUGAUGCUUUUUGUUGAAAAGGUUGAAAUGUUUGAGUAAAUGCGUAGAAAUUUGUUAAGAUUUUUCUAUAAUAUAAGGCUGUGCUGAAUAAAGAU